AUGGUUCUUCCAGUAUACGCUUCGAUGUGCUUAACUGGCGUUGUGAUCGCCCUGGCGCUCACGGCACCUGGCCUUGCUAUCGCCGCUAAUUUGAGAACCAGGCAUAUGGAGACGAACCGUGCGGGCGUUGCCACAGGCACCUUGAUGAUCCGUUCGAUUGCGCGAAGCGAUGGAUCGGAUGCUUUGGAGGCCUCCCUCCUCGAGGACAGCGGUUUCGUCUACCGUGUUGCUUUUUGCGAGGGCAAAGUGGAUCUAGAGGAGCUGCCACCCAAUGCCCGCGUACGAUUAUCGUACCGAAACAUCUCCAGCGGCGUGAUGCACUCGUGCGAGGCGCCGGCUCUGAUGGUGGAAGAGGAGUCGGUGGCGCCAUCGUACUUGGUGUUUCUAACACAAAUGUGCAAUUACAACAAGCCGGCAGCAGCCUCUGUGGAGAUGGUGUACGACUUGUUCAACGGUACCGGCCUCCUUGGCAAAGCUAUUACCGCCGACGAUUACUUCAACGGCACCGGUCCCCUCGCCCGUAACCUGGGGGCCUACUACACAACGUGCUCGUACGGCCAAGUCCAGGCCCCUACUGUCAAGGUCAUGGGUCCCGUAGAACUGCCCUGCAACGGCUCGGUAGCCCACCUGUUGUUUUCCUAUCCCGACGGAAAUUCAUUCAAUACGUCAGGAUGUGGCGGCUUCAAUUUGGAUAAAUGGCAGUACUGGUUGGAAUACUACGCCGCGUCAAAGGGUGUCACUGCGAGCGAGUAUACCCACCAAGUAAUGCUGCUCCCGAAGGGAUUCAUGGCCACAGCCCCCGGCUGCAACGGCGCCGCCGGCUCGGCCACGUUCGGCGCUCGGCUUUCGGGCACAGGGCGAAACACAUAUGGCACGGGCUUCAUCUGGCUGUCUGGCGAUUUUUUUAGCCGGCUGGAAUUUUGGCUGCACGAGGCCGGACAUAAUCUUGGCGGGCCGGCGUCCUUCAUCAUGGCAGCCAGCCUCCCUGGAGCGACCACCAAUCAACGGUUUUACGUCUCUGCGCGCAUUAAUGCACCGCCGUACGACUUGCCCUUCAAGGCGAACCGCAACGGCGUGCCGUACCUGCUCGUCCAUACCUACAGCGGUACAAUUGCAUCGCCGAUUUCCCGUACAACGCUGCUAGCGCAGCUGGACGUCGGGGCGAUUUACACACACAGCGCCACGGGACUGACGGUGAGGUUUGAUCGUUGGGUGGGCGGCGAGGGCGCGCUAGCCAGUCUUUGCCUUCGGUUGGCGGAGGUAGAGCAGACCUGUGGCGAUGGCCUAGACGACGACUGCGACUUCCUGCCGGACGAGCUGGACCCGGACUGUGCCGGCAGGAUGCCUGGCGGCGAGAGCAUUCAAUCGAGAUGGGCCACCAAGGCCUCCGACGCCUCCAAGCCCUCCGACGCCUCCAAGCCCUCCGACGCCUCCAAGGCCUCCGACACCUCCAAGCCCUCCGACGCCUCCAAGGCCUCCGACGGUGCCACCACCUCCCAAGCCACCGCCUCCUUCUCCACUUGCCCCCUCUCCGCCGAGACCUCGACCCCGGCAGCGCCGCCCCCCUCCUCGUCGGUCUCCACCGAGCAGCUCUGUCCCACCGCCGCCGCCGCCGGCCGCCAAACCAACGUCGCGAUAGCCCCCACCAGGAACCGACCCGUCGCCGCAACAACAAAGCACAUGCAGGCUGUCAAUGAUGCAUGGCUGAUCGCUUUCGCAGCUGCCGUUUACACAGUUGAAGGGCGAUGCCAGCCGUUCCCACUGUCGCUCUUGUGCCAAGCACAUCGUUCGUGCCGCCGCCAUCUCUGA